AUACAUUAUCAACUGGGACCAUCCCACCACACUGGAUGAAUAUGAACUGUUUGCAUUGCAACUGAAUCCUUAAUAAAAAGAAAAUAUGGCUUCGAAUUCAAUUUUUCUGAAUCUACAAGAGAAAAUGCUCAGUCAGCUACAUGCAUUGACAAUAUUUUAACGAAUUAUGAAUUUGAAGAUGGAUAUAAAUUUUGUCUAGAUCUAGGAAUUUCUGAUCAUUCAGCAUUAUUCAUUGAGCUACCCCGAGCAGGUAGAGAAGUCCCAUGUAAAAAAGCUUAUGUAAAAAGGAUCUUCAACCAAGAAACUUUGACUCUAUUCCAUGAUAAGCUCAAGGAGACAGAAUGGCACUUUGAUAAAAAUAUUUCAUGCACAGCAAAUUUUGAAGCAUUUCUAGGGGAUUUUCUAAGUGUUUUCAAUGAAAUGUUUCCACAGAAGACUUAUUUUAAUAAAAUGACAAAAUUAAAAUGGAUCACUAAAGGUAUGAAAAUCUCCAGUGCUAAGAAAAGGCAGCUACAUAAGGAACCAAGACAUAAUAAAAAAAUUGAAUUUAUUGAAUAUGUUAAACGAUACAAAAGUACAUUUAAGAAAGUUGUCAAAGCAGCAAAGCAAAUGACAAAUAAUAAAUUAUUCUUAAAACAUGAGAAUAAAUCAAAGGCAGUGUGGUCAGUUGUAAAACACGAAUUAGAUAUCAAAGCCUCUAGACAUAGAAUUAGUACAAUUAAGCUUGAAGAUGAGAUCAUUGUAAAUCCGGCUAGAAUUUCAGAAUGCUUCAAUGAGUUCUUCAUUAAUGUAGUGAAACCAGAGGUUAAUAUUGCAGAUUAUGAGAACAAUGUAUGUCCCUUUGGACUAAAUCAUAAUUCUGAAUGCCUCUUUAAAUUCAAAACAGUUUCAACAAUAGAUGUAGAAAAAAUUAUAUUAAAACUAAAAAACAAAAAUUCUGCAGGUUGGGAUGGAAUACCAGCAAAAGCCCUUAAAUUUGUGUGUAAAAUAAUAGGAUACCCACUAUCUAAAGUAAUAAACCAAUCCUUUGAACAAGGAAGCUUCCGAGAGGUACUGAAGUAUGCAGAAGUAAAACUGUUGCUCAAAAAAGGAUCAAGAGAGGACAUGGGGAAUUAUCGUCCCAUCUCCCUCCUUCCAGUCCUAUCAAAAAUCUUUGAAAACGCUGCUGCUAUGCAGAUUCAAAAUUUAAUGGAGAAAUAUGAUAUUAUUACGGAAAACCAAUUUGGUUUCCAGCAUGGCAAAAGUACUACUGAUGCAAUUAACAAGUUUAUCGACAAGAUCAGCACAUCAUUAGACAACCAUAAUAAAGUAGCAGGAAUAUUUUGAGAUCUCACAAAAGCCUUUGACUCUGUAAAUCACGCACUGCUCAUCUAUAAGCUUGACAAGAGUAAUGUUCUAAAUUGGCUUACUUCAUACUCAUCAAAUAGGAAACAAAGAGUGAUUGUCUCAUCAAAUGCAGGAAAUUACUAUUCAAAAUGGAAAACAGUAGCCCAAGGUGUCCCUCAAGGCUUGAUUCUAAGACUUAUUUUGUUUUUGUUCUAUAUAAAUGAUUUACCGAACAAUAUAAAUGCUCCAUUGAUUUUAUUUGCAUAUGACACAUCUGCAUUAACUGAAAACCAGAAGCCCAAAAAAAUCCCUCUCUACAUAAUAAACACAAUGAACAAACUAGAAACAUGGUUCCAACUGAAUGGAUUAAGAUUGAACGUCCGCAAAACCCACAUCGUCCAGUUCAGAACAAAACAGUCAAAGCCCCAAGAAAUUAAAAUAACUCAUAAAAAUCAGGAUAUAGAAGAAGUGGAUUCUGUCAAGUUUUUAGGGUUAAACUUAGAUAAAAAUUUAAAUUGGAAUAAACAUGUUGACGACCUGCUAAACAAAUUAUGUAGCUUUGCAUUUGCUAUGCAAAUAUUAGCUGGUGCAACAGACACGAAUACAAGGAAAAUUGCAUACCACAGCUACUUUCAAUCAGUUGUAAGGUAUGGUAUUAUUUGUUGGGGAAAUUCAAGCAAUAUAUUGCGCAUAGUAAAGUUGCAGGAAAGAAUAAUAAGGAACAUGUGUACUGCCCAUCAAAUGGUUCAAAUGGCUCUGAGCACUAUGGGACUUAACAUCUGUGGUCAUCAGUCUACUGCCCAUCCAAGGACAUCAUGUUGCCUACUAUUUGAAAAACAACAGUUAUUAACAGUUCCCUCCUUAUACAUCUAUGAUAUUAUCAUCUUUCUACAUAGCAAUUUAGAGUUAUUCGAGAAAAACUGUUUCAAUCACACAUAUAACACGAGAAACAAAGACAAUUUUAUGCUUCCCACUAAUCGCUUAAAUCUAUAUGUGCGGUCUCCUUAGUAUAUGGCAACGAAAAUUCAUAACAAGCUAAAAGGAAAGAAUGUUCUGAGUAUGAACCUAGAGACACUGAAAUCAAAGCUAUAUGAUAUACUUGUCAAACGCUGCUACUACACUGUUGGGGAGUUCAUGAAGGAUGAACUGAACAUUUGAGCAGGAUAAAUCUACAUAUAGUCUUGUGUGUAAAUGUAGCUAUCCUUCACAAAAAGGAGGAAAGAAAAAUAAAAGUUUAUAUUAAUGUUACAAUUCUUUGUACCAAUUAGGCCUAAGUUAAGUUAUCCAUUUUUUUGACCUGUCUC